AUGAAUCCCAUCUUUACACCAGAAUCUGUCGAACAAUGGUUUGAAAAGUUUUCACACCAACUGCCAACGAACAUUCCUCAACAGUGUAAAAUAUGUUUUGAAACAAAACCAAUUUUGGACAAGGUACCAAUAUCGUUUCUUGGUAUUCAGGUGUUGGACAAUAAGAUUUUAGACACUACAAAGACAGACGAGAACGAUGAAGUCGAAUUUGUCUGUUGGAAACCACAAAAGAAAGCUGGAGACUUCCUUACACACUUAAUUAAAGUCGAAGGUAAAACUAUUAAAGUGAAGGACUUCAUCACAAUUGAGUGUGACAUACCACCCAAACCCAAAAGAAUCGCUUCUAAACCAGAUACAAUGAUGUCUACUAUCAAUUUUAUAUUCACCUUUUUGAAGCCUUCUAUCAUAUUCAAUAUCAGAUUUUACUUUGAGUAUGCAGUUCCAACACAGAGCGAACAUUUAAUUGGAUACUUGACUCUGAGAGGACUCACUGAAGUCUCUCUUGUGAUUACUAAAGCAGAGUUUAGUGACCCUGAUCCAAGAGAUGUUGAAAUAUUCCCCGAUUUGAUAAGAAAGAAAACACUGUCUUUUGUAAAACGGCUUGACACGUUUUGUGGACAAUCAGUCAUCUACACAAAGCUUCUGGGACAAGACCAAGAGUCUAAAGCACUCUUCGACAAGCAAAAAAUCAUUCAUCAAAGUAUGAGAUGUCCACAAAUCGCACUCUGCCUUAAUUCAGUUGACAUUGACAACGCGCUGGUAUUUGAAUUUCCCAAUUACGGCACUAUGACGCACUUUUUGAAUGAGUCUGAGAAGAGUGGAAAGGAGAUCAGUCGUGUGCUGAAAUACAAGUUCUGCCAAGACAUUGCAAAGGCUAUGGAAUUCUUGCAGAGCUCGCAAAUUGUCCAUAGAGACUUAAGAUGCGACAGUGUCUUUGUUUUUUCUGUUGACGAGAACGAUGUUGUGAAUUGCAAGUUAGGCGAUAUUUGCAGUUGCGAACGAAUUUCAAAGGUUGGGACAAGUAAAGUGACUCCCCCACUCUAUUCCAAUCAAAAUGAGAACUUCCGUAUGCCGCCAGAAAUCACUUCAAUUGAUGCAUCAUAUACUACUCGGUGUGAUGUGUAUUCUUAUGGUGUUUUAGUGUUCCACAUUAUCACCGAAUUACUCAGUACUAACCCUAUCGGGGAAGGAGGAACUGUCUUACCACAGUUUGCUCGACUCAUUCCAUUUCAUAUCACAAACAUUAUUAACAACUGCUGUGCAAUGAAUGAUACCGAAAGACCAAUGUUCACCGACUUGGUGUCGAACUUUGAAGUCGUCAUCAAAAAGGCUAAGAAGGACACUGCAAUCAAAACUAUCACAGAAAAACCCGUUGAAGUUCCAUUAGUAUAA